UAGGCAUUGUUUUAUAAUAGAAAAUAAAAAGAUGAUAUUCCCUAUGGCCGAUAUCUUGAGAACUGUUCAUAGAAAUCAGUGAAUGCCCAUCUCUGUGCUUUUCCCCGUGCCUUCUUCACCUUUCUCUCACAUCAUUCUCUCCCACCCUCCUCCCUCUUCUCUACCCAGUUCAUUUCUUUCUACCCUUCUACUGCAACCACCGUCAACCACCUUCAACCAUCUGUUGCCGCGUGCAAAAAUGGAUUCCACCGCGCCCUCUCGCAACCCUCAUUUCCCCAGGCGUCGAGGACGGGGCGGCAGAGCAGGACGCCGUGGUAGAGAACGGUCCGUCUCUGCUGAAAACACAGCGAAGAAGGAUCCCAGAUCUGCCGAGACUACUGGGGGUAACAAUGCUGGGUUCAAGAUCUUGUCUAGAGUACCUGAGGCGGAACCUGCGACGGCUGAUCCUUCUCCUGUGGUCAAGACUGAGAGUGCUCUGGCUGAAGAGCAGUCUGUCCCGAUGGCCGAAGUUGAACCCGCCAGUGUGGCCAAGACUGAGAAUGUCUCUACAGGUGAACAGAAGCCCGCCUGUGUGACUGAGACUGAGACGACUGUGGUUGAAAUCGAACCUGCUUCUGUGGACACUGAGACAGUUACUGAGAAGACUGAACCCGUUUCUGUGACCUCUGGCGAGUCUGUCCCUGUCACUGAAAUGGUGUCCUUUGAAUUCCAUCAAGAGGAUAUUGUAACUGCCAAAAGCUUGGAAGACGAAAAACCUACUGGCAAGCCUGUUGUCAACAUCUGCAUCCGCUCUUGCACCCUGAAAGAAGCCUCCGUUGAAGCAGUCGAACCGAGCGAGUCUCCUCAGAAUGAAGCUGAUAAUCAGGCUGCGUCUACCCUUGGUCGAGGCUGUGAUAAGGAAGGAGAAGAAUCAAACAACCCUAGUGAUGAAGAUGUUGCUCGCAACGCUCGAAACAAUGGACCCAGAAAGAAUGGUCUAAGAGUCGCCAAAUCUGUCGCUGACAUCAGUGCAAAGGGACCUGUUUCUCUUCGCGAUGGCGAGCAGAUGCCAAAGUCCAACCGUGCUGUUAGCGAGCAGGCUCCCGUGAUUACCCCGAAAAAUGAGAAUUUAUGUCAGGUCACUCAAGCCGCUCAAAACAAGAGUGAUGACAAGACCCUUCUGAAUUCUGGGUCCGAUAAGAAUCUGAACGCCGAGAAGUCGUCUCCUUUGCAAGCCGUCGAGCCAGCCGUGAAGCCCAGUUUGAAGAAACCCGAGGAAGAGAUUUCGUUUGGCAAAUUCAAAGAGACAGACAAAGACAAAACUGCAGAAGACAAGACUGCAAAAGACAAGAUUGCCGAAAACAAAACUGUCGAGGAAGAGGCUGUUGAGGAAAGGAUUUCCAAAGACAAGACUACCAAAGAUAAGGCUACCAGAAACAAGACUAUCAAAGAAAAGAGUACCAAAGACAGCCCUGACAAAAAGGCGUUGCCUGAGAAGACCGGGGACAAGGCCAAGGAAAUCAAACGCGCCGAGUCUCCUACCAACGAAGAUAUGGAGAGCAUUCUUUGCACACAGUACGCUGCCGGUUACAAGACACCCAGCGGUGCUUUCCUACAGCUGCAGGAGCUUGUGAAGCUGGCAGCCGGUACGACCAAGAAUGGCGAUGGAGUCAAGUCUUACUUUCUCCCCACCUUCAUCGAGGAUCCAUGGGCUGGUCUCCCUGCCAUUAAGACCAAGUGUCUGCGACGGUUCUAGGCGACUUACAGUGUUGUGUGCUGUCAAUGAAAGUAAAGACGAGAUAGUUAUGCGAUGGAAACUGCGAGGGAGUGUUCUUUGACUCGAUUUAUUUCAAGCUCGGUGAUAGCCAUUAGUCACUCCAGGCGAGGCUUAGAUUCACGAUGGUGAUUGCAGCUUAUAGUACUAUAUAUAGCCGCAAGAUUCCAUCCUGAGAUUGAGCUGGUUCACAUUCCACGGAUCCAGGAUGUGCAAGGGGUGGAUAAGACCAUACCAUACCAUGGAUCAGGUGUCGGUAAGCUCAGAAUCAACGACACAACACUGUAUUACGAUGAGAAAAA